GGCAGCGCCCAGGGAAGUCUAACGCUGGUUAGUUCCGCUCAAGAUGGCGGCCCAGCGGAGGAGUUUAAUGCAAAGCCAGCAGCAGAGCUGGACAGAUGACCUCCCGUUGUGCCAGCUGUGUGGAGUGGGCACUGCGGCCAACUGCAUGUACAGUCCUGAUGGCAAGGGCACCCAGAUGCACCCCAAUGAGGACGGACACUUCAGAUUCAGGGGCGAUGAUGGAUGCUUUCUCUACGGGGUGUUCAACGGCUUCGACGGGGGCCGAGUGGCCAACUUUGUGUCCCAGCGUCUGCCGGCGGAGCUGCUGCUGGGGCAGCUCAACUCCAGUCACUCUGACGCUGAUGUCAGGAGAAUCCUCUUACAGGCCUUCGAUGUUGUGGAGAAGAGCUACUUUGAGACCAUCGAUGACGCACUGGCUGAGAAAGCAAAUUUGCAGUCACAGCUGCCUGAGGGUGUGCUGUUUCACCAGCUGUCCCCGCAGAAUCAGAAGCUGUCUGAGAGGCUGAGCAUGCUGGAGCAGGAAGUGUCGGGUGGGGCCACGGCGGUGGUGGCGCUCAUCCUGAACAACAAGCUCUAUAUCGCCAACGUAGGUACCAACCGGGCCCUGCUGUGCAAGUCCUCCAGCGACGGUCAGAACCAGGUGAUCCAGAUCGGCCGGGCCCACACCACGGACAACGAGGACGAGCUCUUGAGGCUGGCCCAGCUGGGCCUGGACACCUCCCGUCUGCGCCAGGCCGGGCCCAUCUCGGGUCAGAGCAGCACCAGGAGGAUCGGGGACUACAAGGUUAAGUUCAACUACACAGACAUCGACAUUCUCAGUGCAGCCAAAAACAAGCCUAUCAUAGCAGAGCCUGAGAUCCAUGGUGGCCAUCCACUCGAGGGUGUGUCGGGGUUCCUGCUGCUCAUGUCUGAGGGACUGAUCAAGGCCCUCGAGGCCGCCCAUGGCCCUGAGCAGGCCAAUCAGGAGAUGGUGGCGAUCGUCGCCGCGGAGCUGGCUCAGCAGAGCAACCUGGAGGUGGUGGCCCAGGCCGUGGUGGACAGGGUGAAGCGGCUUCACCACGACGUUUUCGCCAGCGGGCGCCAGCGGGCGGCGCACUGCUCCCGGCACGAGGACAUGACCCUGCUCAUACGCACCCUCAACUACCCCCUGGCCGACAGCGCGCUCACCCCGACCCAGGGGGGCCGGAUCUACCCAGUAUCGGUGCCGUACUCCAACAGUCAGAGCACCAGCAAGACCAGCGUCACCCUCUCCCUGGUUAUGCCCUCUCAGAGCACUCUCACCAACGGGACCAACACCGCCUCCACGCAGGACGAAGGCACCCCAACGCCAAGCCAGAGUCCCACAGCCACCCUGCAGUCCACCAACACCCACACCCAGAGCUCCAGCUCCAGCUCCGGGGACGGAGGCAGCCUCUUCCGGCAGAGGGGCAGCCAGGCGGCACAGCCGGACGAAACUGGCAGGGUGCAGCCUUACGUGGACUUCACCCAGUUCUACAGACUGUGGGGGGCAGACCACUGUGACAGCCAGAGCACGCAGGGGGGGCUGGGCCCACAGUGAAGGGGUGUGAAGCAGGGAGGGAGGUUUAUGCUUUGGUGGCGUGGAAGAUUUUGAGCAGGGGGAAGAGGCAAAGUGGAGGGAUGAGACAGGAUGAGGAAAACGAGGUAAGAAAUACAGAGCCAACUGCAUGUGUGAGUGAACUUAACAGGGACCAUGUAUUCCCCUGUCUGUUUCUCCGUCCAAUACCCAAGUGAGUUCUGUGUUUUUCCUGUUUUAGGGGGGGCGGGUGGUUGACAUACUGUAUUGUCGGGCCAGGGUCUUGAUUGGAACAGAGGACGCAUUUCUCAGUUUGUUAAAUCUACGCUGAUUGUGUAUAUGUAUGCUGUCUGCCUGCGGCGAGCAGAAUAAAGUGGGGGAAAAAAUAUCAAUGUUAUUUUAGUGUUUCUAUUUAGCAGAAAACAUGACUUCCUAUUACUUAGUGUGCAGUGACUUUAAAAUCAAUCAAACCUGGAAUGCUGGAAUGUCAGUGGAAACAUUUAAAACAAAUUUAGUCGUGAGACAAAGCAUUUAAACA